UCUCCGAGACAGGCUGAAUCCAUCCCGACGCCAUCGCUCCGUGUCUCUUCAACAGCAGCGAUACCAUGCCUCCAUAACCACCAUGCCGCGCCUGCGCCGUCUCCUCUUCGGCUCCCUCCUCGCUCUCUGCCUUCUCUACACCCUCUACCACCACCGCACGCCCUCCUCCCCUCCUCUGCAAGCCAUCCCCCCCGACUGUCCCUCCCACCCCGACCUCUCCGACAUCCUGGUGAUCCUGAAAACCGGCGUCACCGAAUCGCGCGACAAAGUGCCCAUCCACCUGACCACCACGCUGCGCUGCAUCCCCAACCACGCCCUCUUCUCCGACUACAUCGAGCCUCUCUCCCCUAGUAUCUCCACCCACGAUGUCCUCGCCUCCCUCUCCCCGGCUCUGAUCGCCACCCACCCCGACUUCGACCUCUACCGCCGCGUGCAAGCCCACGGGCCAACCGCUCUCACCCCCGCCGACCUCAACCCGGACAUCAACACCCCGAUCGGCAAACCCAACAACCCAGGCUGGAAACUCGACAAAUGGAAAUUCCUCCCCAUGCUGGACGAAGCCCUGGCCCUGAAACCAGAUGCCAAGUGGUACGUGUUCAUGGAAGCGGACACAUACAUUCUCUGGGACAAUCUCCUCGCCUGGCUGCGCCGACUCAAUCCCAAGGACGCAAUCUAUCUCGGGAACCAGAUGCAGAUCGUGGAUGCGAUCUUCGCGCAUGGCGGGUCGGGGUUCAUUCUGUCGCGACCGGCGGUGGUGAAAGCCGUGGAACAUCGGAAGCGGAGUCGUGAUGGAUGGGAACGGGCAGUGGGGGAACAUUGGGCGGGGGAUUGUAUGUUGGGGAUACUGUUGCAGGAUGUGGGCAUUGAGUUGACCUGGGGUUGGCCUAUGUUGCAGAUUGCGCCGCCGGGGGAGAUGGAUUAUUUUGAUUUGGGGUAUGAGAGACGGCCGUGGUGUUAUCCAGCGGUUUCUUUUCACCAUUUGGAUGGGGAUGGGAUUAGGGAGUUGGAUGCGAUGGAGAGAACGUUGAAGGGGAAGAAAGGCCCGGUGGUGUACCGGGAUGUGUUUCUGAAUGUGAUGAGGCCGCAAUUGCGCGAUGUGCGGACCGAUUGGGAUAAUCUCGUGGAGGGGGAGGCAGUGUCCGUGACCAGCUUCGCGGCGUGUCGGGGGGUGUGUUCGCGCGAGGCACUCUGUCUGCAGUAUGCGUAUAACGAGACGACGAGCGAGUGUCGCACCUCCACUGCAUUGGCCGUAGGCCACCCCCAACCCGGGCUGUCAGCCGGCUGGAUGAUGGACCGGAUUGAUGCGAUGGCAGACAGCCUGGGCGAGUGUGACGAGAUCAGCUGGAUAUGAUCUACCCAACCGUCCAUUAUACAAAACAUUCAUAUUUGCAUUGUCACAACCCACAUCA